UCGUUACGAGGUGCUCCGAACGGACUCCUCAUUCCCAAACUCAAAAUGGGUCACGACUGUCCAGUGUGCGGCAAGAAGAAUGAGUCCGCGUCCAGGCUGACUGUGCACCUGCGGACCCACACGGGAGAGAAGCCUUUUGAGUGCACGGUCUGCAACAAGAAGUUCAGCCAACGUAACAACCUCAAAACGCACCUCGGGAUCCACACAGGAGAGAAGCCCCUGGAGUGCACGGUUUGCAACAAGAAGUUCAGCCUAGGUAGCAGCCUCAGAAAGCAUUUCCGGACCCACACAGGAGACAAGCCCUUUGAGUGCACGGUUUGCAACAAGAAGUUCACCGAAAGUGGCAGCCUCAGAGUGCAUCUCCGGAUCCACACAGGGGAAAGGCCCUUUGAGUGCACGGUUUGCAACAAGAAGUUCAUCGAAAGUGGCAAGCUCAGAGUACACCUCCGGACCCACACAGGAGACAAGCCUUUUGAGUGCACGGUCUGCAAUAAGAGGUUCUUCCAUGGUGGCAAUCUCAGAGUGCAUCUCCGAACCCACACAGGAGACAAGCCUUUUGAGUGCACGGUCUGCAACAAGAAGUUCGUCCAAGGUAGUAACCUCAGAGUGCAUCUCCGGACCCACACAGGGGACAAGCCCUUUGAGUGCAUGGUUUGCAACAAGAAGUUCGCCGAAAGUGGCAGCGUCAGAGUGCAUCUGCGGAUUCACGCAGGAGACAAGCCCUUUGAGUGCACGGUCUGCAACAAGAAGUUCACCAGAAGUGACAUCCUCAGAAUGCAUCUCCGGACCCACACAGGAGACAAGCCCUUUGAGUGCACGGUUUGCAACAAGAAGUUCAUCCAAAGUGGCAACCUCAGAAAGCAUCUCCGGACCCACACAGGAGACAAGCGCUUUGAGUGCACGGUUUGCAGCAAGAGGUUCAGGCAAAACUCCCAUCUGAAAAAGCAUCUGCGAACCCACACUGGAGGACACGAUUUGAACAUCCAGUUGGCAAAUGGCAGUUAAGUCAAGAUGGCAGCAGUCUCAACUGCGCACUCUCGUUGAGGAAAAACGGCAAGCUGUAUUUUUCCGGAAUACAAGUACUUAAGCGGCAGGCCUAAGUGUAACGGUUGAGACUGUUCGCGAGGCGCAUAACUAAGAUAUUUAGUCCGAAUUUGUUUAAUGUUAGGAAAACUAUCCGUGUCUUAAUCUUUUGUCAUUUACAAGCUUAUAGUUUUUUUUUCUCAUUGUAAGAAUUUAAGUGGGAAGUCAUUUAGAACAAUAGGACUGGGCUCUGGAAGUCUUAGGCUCUCAUUUGAAAAUGAUUUUAUUUCCGAUUCGAAUACAUGACAAUAUGUGAAUUUGACUUUCCGUCUCUGAAAUACGACUCGUUUGUUUUAAGCACGCAUCCGUUGAUCUUUGGAUGAUGGCAUUGAUUGAUCCUGGUCAACGUUACAUAAGCUUUCUCUCAAUUUGACUCAGUUGCACGUUUACUGAUGUUACUUGUAUACACUACUGUUUUUGCCUCUAUAUUGAAUAAAAAAGUAUUAUUGACGUGUC